AUCAAUUAAUUGUUUGUAGAGAAAUUUCCUUUGAAUCAUGUACAACAUUAUCAUCAAAAGAAAUUUUACACACAACUAAAUUGGAUGUUGUCCUAACUAAUAAAGGACUUCAAAUAUAUGGAACAUGGAGCACAGAAAAAUUACUAAAGUUAUUAACAAACAGACUUAAACAAUGCAUUCAUGUGCAAUCAAAUACACUGAAAAUGAUUUCUAAUGGAAUAAGUGAUAAAAGAUUAUGGAUCACUGUCUAUAGUGGCUUAUAUAGUAUUAGCGUUUUAAAGGAAUUAAGAAUGAAAGGUAUGCCCAUAUACAGCAUCAUAAAAGCGAUGAAACUGGGCCUCAUCAGUCUUAGCUAUUGUGAACUUCUUUAUUUUAGAGAAUUUCAUAUAGAACCACAUAAUCUGGAGUUCAAAGAAAUGUGGUUCAAUACAUUUAACGACAGGCUGAUUUUAAAUUUAAGACCUACAGGUUUAAGUGAAAUAAAUUGUUGGAAUAUUAUCGUAUAUGGAGUAGUACUUCAAACUCCAAUUAUUCUUCGCCAUUUAAUUUUAAGUGGCAUUGAUGUUCCUGGUAUUUUAAAUUGGCAAUCCCCCUUUAAUUUUGCGUCAUCUAAAAUAAUUAAAUUUUUGAAACACAUUGGAAUAGAAGAAGAUGUCAUACAAUUAGUAGAGCAACAUGGAAUCGAUGAAGAAACUGAAGAAAUGUUAAUUGAUUUAGGACUUGACGAAAUGGAAACAAAAUUUUCAAUUACGGAGGAAUUAAUAUGUGAAUGCAAUUUAACUAUAUUGGAACCAACCUGUAGUUGUCUGGAAAUAACACAAGAGAGUUGCAGGACAAAUAGCUCUAAAAGCAGUUUCAGUUUUCCUAGUCGACCGGAUUGUUACCAACAAUAUGCUUGUCGAUGUCACAUCUUAGCAAAAAAUGAAACAGUACAUGAAUUAACAGCACAGCAAAAUGAUUACUUAAGACAAAAUAUCAUGGUACCAUUAUCAUGGGCGGUGGCUAAAACUUUAGAAUACAAUCCAUCAGAUCCAGUACAUUUCAUAGGAUAUAAAUUAUUGCAAUGGACUUGCAACAACAUUUCUCAAACGGAGAAAGACAAGCAUCAACAAUUAAUUGCAUUAUCUACUAUAAAAAUGGAUCAUAAACUUAUUGAUAAAAAACAUUUAGAAAAAGAGGGAUUAAUUAAAACUCUGAAUCAAAAGGCUAUAAUAAAAAAUAUCCCUUGUAAUAUUUGUAAAAAUCAUCAAGAGUUAUAUCGUAUUGAAAAACAAUGUUGGAAAUGCGUAUGGAGACCAAUUAGAAAAUUAGAAAGUUGUGAAUUUCCUGAUAUAUGCAGUUCAUGUAAAAUCAAUGUAUCAGACGAAGAUGGCAAUGCCUGAUUAUUAUCUUA